GGUUUUACGCCGGAUGGCAGAUGAAACCGCCCCAUUGCCCCCAUUAUAAGCAUCCACCUUCUUCUCAUUCUUGUUCUCUUCCCAAUUUCCGCUUCUCUCUCUAAAACCCUGCACUCUCUCUCUCUCUCUCUCUCUCUAAAGCAGCAGCAGCAGCAGCAGCAGCAGCAGAAGAUUUGGGUUCGAAGAGUUGAGGGUCUUAGUUUGAAUCCUUGAUUACAGCGUGUAGUAGAACUCCGAAAGCAUAGUUUGAGAUAAUGAUGUUGAUUGGUGAGGUUCAGUAAGUAACGGAUGAUCAGGUGUUCAAACAGAGCUUGAUAGAGACUUGGCACAGUUUAAAGCAUAUCAUAAAUGGCUCCUGAGAAUAGCAACUGGCUUUCGUUUUCGCUAUCGUCAGUGGAGAUGUUGAAUUCCUCGUCCUCUCGGUCUCAGAUGCUUCAAUCCACGAUGAAUCUCUUGCCUUUUCAUGGCGCCUCCCCCUCCACCUCCACCGAUGAUUCUCACAACUACUACUUCCUCGAUAAUCUCUAUGCCAACGGUUGGGAAAAUACAAAGCCUGAAGGUCUAGCUAUGGCACAAAGCAUUGGAGAUUCAUCGAUUUUCACAAGCUUCGUGGAUUCACAAAUCAAUCAACAGCCAUCUCCAAAGCUGGAAGACUUUCUCGGUGGCGAUUCGACUUUGGUUCGAUACUCGGAUAGCCAAACAGAGACACAGGACUCGUCCCUGACUCACAUCUACGAUCAAAGUGGUUCAGCCUUAUUUGCCGACCACCCAGAUUUCAGAACAAUAGAUGGGGGGUUCCAAGCUUUUUCAACAAACUCGAGCUCUGAAAUUGAUGACUCGGCUUCUGUGCCCAUGACUCAGCUCACUUCCGGCGACUUCUCAGGCCAGUGCCCAAAUAGUGGACUGUCACUGGGUGGUGUUGUUAAUACUCAGAGAUCAGAGAAGGCACUCAUUUCAGUUGAUUCGGAGGAGACUUGUAAGAAGAUGAGUGAUACGUUUGGGCAGAGAACUUCGAUUUACAGAGGGGUCACUCGGCAUAGAUGGACGGGAAGGUACGAAGCGCAUCUAUGGGACAACAGCUGUAGAAGAGAGGGCCAGGCCAGAAAGGGACGUCAAGUGUAUCUGGGUGGCUAUGACAAAGAAGAAAAGGCUGCGAGGGCUUAUGAUUUGGCAGCUCUAAAAUACUGGGGUCCUACUGCCACCACCAACUUCCCUGUUUCAAAUUACACCAAAGAACUAGAGGAGAUGAAACACGUGACUAAACAAGAAUUCAUUGCAUCACUGAGAAGGAAAAGUAGUGGAUUUUCAAGGGGAGCAUCUAUCUACAGGGGUGUAACAAGGCAUCACCAACAGGGUCGAUGGCAAGCAAGGAUAGGUCGUGUUGCAGGGAACAAAGAUCUGUACCUUGGGACAUUUGCAACCCAAGAGGAAGCAGCAGAGGCAUAUGACAUAGCAGCAAUAAAGUUCAGGGGAGUGAAUGCAGUAACCAAUUUUGAGAUGAACCGGUACGAUGUUGACACCAUUUUGAAAAGUGCCCUUCCGAUUGGUGGGGCUGCUAAGCGGUUGAAGCUCUCACUUGAGGCAGAUCAGAAACCGUCUUUGAACAACCUAGACCAACAACCUCAGUGCAGCAGUAACAGUAGCAGUUCUAGCAUCAUCAAUUUUACUAAUUCCAGUCAGCCACUUGAAGCUAUCCCAUGUGGAGUGCCAUUUGAUUCCACUGCUCGUUACCAUCAUGACCUCUUCCACCUCAAUUCGAACAGUGCCGUCGCUUCUGAUAACCCUGGCUCUUCCUCCACCAUGGUAACUCCUAUGACUUUCUUGCCAUCAGCGCCUGAGUUUUUUAUUUGGCCUCACCAAUCCUAUUAACAUGACCAACUAACUAGUUAUUAAACUUAAGUCAACAAAUAUCGGUCAGUUAAUGUUUUUGACUGCUAUAGCCCAUGUCUGUUGUAUUCUCUUCUCUUAAAGCUGAGAGAUCUCAUCUGACCCACUAAACUUUUGAGUAGCAUUUAAUUAUAUGUAGCAGAGAUGAGGUAUAUGGUUCUGUUGAAGGGUGAAGUCUUUGUUUCCUAGAAAGAAAAAAAAAAUCCGAAGUUUUUUAACUCUAGCUUUUGUUCAGUAGGUUGAUGAGAUAUGUAUGUUGAAUGGGCCUGGGGCAUUCCAUCUUGCGGAA